AUGAUCCCCAAAAUCGUCUUUGACGAUAUUUACUCCCUGAAUACCCAAAGCGGUACCCAGUGGGACGGUUUCCGUCAUUUUGCGCAUAUCCCCACGGAAACUUUCUACAACGGAACAAAGGCGUCGGACAUACAAGGGCCUGGCGCAAACAUGAAAUGUAGCAUCCAUCAUUGGUCUGCGCGCGGAAUUGCAGGACGUGGCAUCUUGCUUGACUAUCGCCAUUACGCCAAAGUAAAUAACCUCCACUACGACCCAUACAAACAACACGCCAUCUCGUUCAACGACCUACGGAACUGUGGGGCUUCGCAGGGAAUAGAUAUCCGUCCCGAAUCGCAGGGUGGCGAUAUCAAAGUCGGGGAUAUUCUGAUGGUCCGGUCCGGAUUCGUGGAGCGAUACGCAGAGAUGACGGCAGACGAACGCAAGCAGGGUGCCUUGAGACAGGAAGACGACAUUGAAUGGGCGGGGUAUGGCUCUUCCUACUUGAUCGCGCAGAUGGCACUGCUGCCGACCUGCGGCCGCCUCUACGCAUUCUAUAAUAUUAAGUGGGUGUACUGCAUCUCGCUGGCCGUCUUCGAAAUCGGCUCCAUCGUCUCGGCAGUCGCCCCGAAUUCCAUGGCGCUUAUCAUAGGGCGAGCAGUCUCUGGCCUCGGCGCUGCUGGUUUGGUGAGCGGGACGACAACUAUUCUGUCGUAUUGCGUGUCUUUGAAAAAGCAGGCGAUGCUGUCGCCUAUCGUCCUGGGCAUGUACAACAUUGGAUCGGCUAUUGGACCACUCGUGGGUGGUUCGAUAACCGAUAGUAAGGUGCUGACUUGGCGGUUUAUUUUCUGGAUCAAUCUCCCCUUCGGAGCUGUUGGGCUGGUUCUGGUCUGGUUCACCUUGAGGAAACCUCCACCCGCAGUAAAGGGGGACCUACCCUGGGACCAGAAGCUACGUCAACUUGACCUUCUAGGGGCUACUCUGCUGCUCGGUGCAACAUCGUGUUUGAACUUGGCAUUACAGUGGGGUGGCAUCGUCUACCCAUGGUCUGAUGCCAAGGUGUUCGGGUGCCUGAUCGGAUUCGGUCUACUCUUGAUUACCUUCUUGUGGUUGCAAUUCCGAGGCAAAGAAAGCAUGCCUGCUAAUAUCAAUCCAAGCUCGAAUAUCCCUCUUCGCAUGUUUCGAAGUCGUACCGUAUCGGCAUCAUGCGGCUUCAUGAUGCUCGUUCAGGUGGCUAUAGUACUGCAAUCGUACUAUUGGCCCAUAUACUUCCAGUCGGUCAGGAACACCAAUGCCAGAGACUCGGGGAUCAAUCUACUCCCGUUGAUCGUGUCGAACAGCCUCGGCACGCUCUGCGCGGGCUCUAUAGCGUCGAGAUUCGGGCACUAUGUACCAUUCAUGUGGGUCGGACCUCUCGUCUUGGCUGCUGGAGGGGGUCUAUAUCAACUAGUCCGUGCCGACAGUCCGCGCGGACAGUGGAUCGGGUUCCAAAUCCUGUCUGGGCUUGGCUAUGGCAGCUGUAGCCAAAUGCCGAUACUGGCUGUGCAGGUUGUCCUCAGCAAGCCAUAUAUACCAACGGGCCUUGUCAUGAUCAUGUUUUUCCAGAUACUUGGGGGCGCGCUGGCGCCUAGCGUUGGGCAGAACCUCUUCACUGAUGGGCUUCUGCGAAAUCUCCGCAAGGUGCAGGGAAUAGAUGGUGCAGCCGUAGUGGCGGCCGGUGCAAAUGGUUUCAGGGAGAUCGUUCCUCCCGAGCUGAUGAAUGCCGUCGUGGAUGCAUUUAAUUCUGCUUUACGGAACGUGUUCUGGGUGGCGCUUGCUACGCCAGCCCUUGCUUGGAUAACAAGCUGGGCAAUGGAGUGGCGGCAAUUGCCUGACUCUAAGAGACAGGUUUCCCAAACUCCAGCCGAGGAGGUCGUGGAGAAAUAG